UCUAUCUAUCUAUAAAUCAUUUUAAAAACAUCUUAAAACAGCUCUAAUGUGUAUUUAUUGUGUAUAGUUUUCCUUGUUUAGGUGAAAAAGGACAACUGUAGUUUUGAUUGAAAUCUGUAUGAAAGUCACAAAAUAAGUAAAACCCAGAAACUCAUCAUGCUAAAUUAAUUUAGCACAAUGACUUGGCAUGAUGAUUUUUUUUGUGGACCCGCCCCUUCUCAAACCAAAUUUACAUCCUUGUAUGUGUGUGUGUGUGUGUGUGUGUGUGUGUGUGUGUGUGUGUGUGUGUGUGUGUGUGAUGUGUAUAAAAAGAUGAUCAUGAGUCCUGUAGAAACAUUAAGGACCUGUUGUCCAACCAAACCUUUUGACUCAGCGCUUCACUUACUGCUCAACUUCACAUCAGACUGAGCUGCAGAGAUGAAGGCUCACCUGCUGAUCUUUGCUGCAGUACUUCUGGUCCCUUGCUGGAUGAUGCCUGCGGGUCAAUGGAAGGCCCCCAGCUCCAUUCCACUGAACAUGGUUCCUGAUGCUGUUGAUGACAUGUACAAUGGCUGCACCGAGAAAAUGGAGAGGAGGGUCAAGAAAGAAUAUUUCAGAAAAGAGUUUGUGGGAACAUUUAAAAUUGCCUGGGAAAAUGCAGAAAAAUGUUCAAACAAAUACUCACAGGAUCUCACCAAAAACCAGCGGCAGGCAAUCUGUGUCUAUACAUCCAACGACAUUUAUGCAGAAUUCAAUAAAGCAGUCCGGACCAGUAGGAGCAUCUAUGGCAGCUCCUUCCGAUUCCAUUCUUUACAUUUCUGGCUGACUACUGCCAUACAAAAGCUGAAUAACAAACACUGUUACAUUAGUUAUCGAAGAAGCAGGGCUGCAUUCACUGGCAAUGUUAACAGCAUAAUUAGGUUUGGUGCGUUUGCCUCCAGCUCUCUCAGAACAGACCUUAAACAGUUCGGUAGCAAGACCUGCUUUCAAAUUAUGACCUGUUUUGGAGCUUAUGUGAAGCAUCAUUCAAAUUAUCCAAAUGAGGAAGAGGUGCUUAUUCCCCCCUAUGAAAGAUUCAAAAUAACCAAAAUUAUUAACGGUCGGGGUAAAUUUCCAGAUCUGAGUGAUUGUGAGAAGGUCUUUACUUUGAGGAGUUCAGUAUAUAAGAGUAACCUAAACUGCAAAGCUGCACCCAGAUUAGAGAGCAGCAUUUUCUCCAAAUGAUGGGGAAAAUGCAAGAAAAUGAGUCUUGUUCUUUAAACUUAUAUCAUCAAUAAAUAAAUCUAUAAAUCGAUACAACACAGCCAAACAUUCUGUACUGAAGUCAAUCAUCGUGCAUCACAACAUCAUCUAUUACUGUGUACAGUAUCAGAUGUAGGAGCAUCUGUGCUGUUUGACAUUGAUUUCUAUGUGCAGCAGACUGUAUGUCUCUGUAUGGAAUCAACACAUGUGUGAUAUAAUAAAAAUGAUGAAUGAUAAACUACCAACACAGACAUGAACACUGACUGUCUCUAACAGUGUUUCUGGUCUGUUUCAACGUCAUUUAUUGUCCAAAAGCCUCUGAGCAAUACUGUUUCUCUCUUUUAAAAACUAUUAUUGUUGUUUUCAUUUGUAAUUUUAUUUGAAAUAUUUUUGUUUGUCACUUUUUAUCAGCACUGUAAUGUUGAUUUGAACAAUGACAAUAAAGUUGAUUCUGAUUCUACUCAAUAUUCUCAUAACUGACCAAAUAAAGAAUGUUAACACGUGUGCAGCGUCAACAACAAAUAAACAAACACAAACAGUCAGAAACUCAUUCAGUCAUGUUGAUGUUGAUGGAAAGUUUCCAGCAGCUGUUUGACGUCCUGCAGACUGACUGCAGCAGCUCAGACGCAUCAGAUGGAAAUAAAAGGCUUCAUGAUGUAAACUGUGAGAUUAUUUUUCUGUUCUGUAUGUUUUCAUCAUCUCCUCCCAACAAACACAAACUGCUCCUGUUUGAACUGCUGACAGCUGUUUCCUGACAUGUAAAUUCUAAGAUAUUAGAGAAACAUCAUAUUAAUAUGUGAAAUUCAGUAUAGUAAUGUUGUAUUUCCAGAUGUUUGGAUGCAUCAUAUUAAU